GAGAUAGUAGAGGCAGAAGAGUCGAUCGAGGUGCGACUAGAGAAGGAAGAAGGGAUAUUCAGCAGUGAAAUAACGAUAUUUGAAUCGGUAGCACAGACUGCAGUUGCCGUCGUUGUGGAGAAGGGAGAGGGAAAAAGAGAGGAUAAGGAAGUUGUGCGAGUGGAGAAUAUUGCUGAGGAAGAAAUUUUCUUGGAUGCGGUUGCUGGAAAAGAGGAGGGAAUUUGUAGCUGUGAUUUGACAGUGGCGGAGGUUGUGUUGGAGAAGGAAUCAAUCACGAGAAGACGGGAAUCUGCGAAGAAUAUAUUUGCAGAGAUCGAUUUUCGCAACCCAGCCGAAUCCUUUGUUACUAAAGUUGCUGCCGCGAAGAGCUCUCAUGAGGAGACGAAGUUCACGGUCGGGAGACGACCAUAUAAAACUGUGUCAGAAGAUUUUCCGGAGGAGCGUUCGGUCUCAUGCAUUUUUGAGUUGAGGAAAAGGCGAACGGAGAAAAUUGGAAUUGGAGUGGUGUUUAACUCGGAAUUUCCUGUGGAGGAACUAGAGCUUAGUGAGGAUAUUUGUCAGGAGGAGUUCAAUGAGGCGGUUGAUAUGGCUUGCAGUUAUACGCCUUUGUCAAAAUCUUCUCUUGUUGUUUCUUUGACAGGUGAGGGCAAGUAUUUGGAUUUGGAAUUCGCAAUGAAGGAGGGAAUAGAGUUUUCGGAAGCUUUUGUUGUUACGGAGCUUGUCCGGUCAGUUUGUGUGAAGAACAUUUUGGGUGCAGUUAUCAAUAGGCUCUAUGUUCCAGUGGGAGACGAAGGACGAGCAUCUCCCUCUUGUGUCCUGGUUGACUUGGAUAUUGAAGCUGGGGAAGAGCUGUCUAAGACAGAUGCAGUUGUUGACGUUUUUUCGACAGACUUUGCGGAAAUAGAGUUUGUUACUGGAGAGGCUUUCGACGAGUGCUUAGACGUUGAAGUUUCGAUGUUAUCUGUAGAAGAGGAAGAAUCCGUUGAGGUUGCGGGGACUGUAUUUUGCUCAGAAGAUGGGUACAAAACUGUUAUAGGGAAGUAA